UCUCCUGCUGGUUCAGGUCAGCUCUGACAGCUGAGUAGCUGAUCAAGGUCUGCAAGCUAGCUAGGUAAGCUGCGGUGUUGGAAGCUAGCGUUGAUCGAGCUUGUUGCCUUCGAGAUCGAUCCAGCGAUCGUCGGUUGGUAAUUGUAGCAACCUGAGCAUGAUGAAGCCGUGGCUAGUGCUCGCAUGGGCGGUGCUGGCCGUCUCCUCGGCGGCGCGCGCGUCCCCGCCCCUCAAGGUCGGAUUCUACGAGCACUCAUGCCCCCAGGCCGAGGACAUCGUGCGCAACGCCGUCCGCCGCGCCGUCGCCAGGGACCCCGGCCUCACCGCGGGCCUCAUCCGGAUGCACUUCCACGACUGCUUCGUCAGGGGCUGCGACGCGUCCAUCCUGCUCGCGUCGACGCCCGGGCACGUCGCGGAGAGGGACUCGCCGGCCAACAACCCGAGCCUGCGCGGCUUCGAGGUCAUCGAGGAGGCCAAGGCCCUCGUGGAGGCGCACUGCCCGCGCACCGUGUCCUGCGCCGACAUCGUCGCCUUCGCGGCGCGCGACGGGGCAGCGCUCGCCGGCGGCGUCGACUACCGCGUCCCCUCCGGCCGCCGCGACGGCCGCGUGUCCGUCGAGGGCGAGGUGCUCCAGGACGGCAACGUGCCGUUCCCGACCUCCACCGUCGAGGAGCUCGUCGAGAACUUCAGGCGCAAGGGGCUCUCCGCCGACGACAUGGUCACGCUCUCCGGCGCGCACAGCAUCGGCCGCUCCCACUGCUCGUCGGUCACGGAACGGCUGUACAGCUUCGAGGGCGAGCCGGGGCGGACGGACCCGGCACUCGACCCGGCGUACGCGGCGGACCUCAAGCGGCGGUGCCCGCCAUCGACGGGCAACAUGGACGACCGCACAACGGUGCCCCUGGACCCGGUGACGCCGAACGGCCUCGACAGCCAGUACUUCAAGAACGUGCUCGCGCACAAGGUGCCCUUCACCUCCGACCAGACGCUGCUCGACAGCCCCUGGACAGCGGGGCUCGUCGCGUUCCACGCCGCCGUCGGGCAGGCGUGGGAGGCCAAGUUCGCCGCGGCGAUGGUCAAGAUGGGCGCCAUCGAGGUGCUCACCGGCGACGAGGGCGAGAUCAGGGAGAAGUGCUCCGUGGUCAACCACUACUAGUUGACUCCGCUCCUGGGUCAGUUUUACGACAAGGAUUUAGACGUCGGAUGUUAGCAUAAUUUCAUAUUUGAGCCUGGGCCAAGCAAGCAAGACUCACAGGGUGGGUGAGCAAUUCGGUGAAAGGAAAGGCGAAGCACAUCAUAAACUGGUGUUGCGCCAAAUGUUGUUAAAGGCCCAUUCAAAUGCGGCCAAUUUCUUGUGAUUCUUGUGGAUUCGUUAAAAAAGGUUUAUCUUCGAAUUUUCUCUUCUGAA